CCAGGCAAGAAGCCCCUUUUCGGGAUCCGGUUCCGGGCGGCACCCGGUUCCUACCGCACGCACGUGUCGCGAUCAGAAGGCUUGAAAAUUCGUCACUCACUCUGCGACUGAAAUAAAAUCAAAUAAAUUAUCUUUCUCAAGCACAGAGUCGCGUUACAAGUCACACGCGCGUUCAGUCCUUCUCGCCGCCAUGCAGCACGACGACGUGAUCUGGGACAUUGUCGGAAACAAGCAGUUCUGCUCCUUCAAAGUCAAGACCAAAACACAGAACUUUUGCCGCAAUGAAUACAACACGACGGGCUUGUGCAACAGAUCAUCGUGUCCCCUGGCCAACAGCCAGUACGCAACGGUGCGGGAGGAGAAGGGUAUUUGCUACCUUUACAUGAAGGUAAUCGAAAGAGCUGCCUUCCCUGCCCGCAUGUGGGAAAAGGUCAAGCUCAGCAAGUGCUACGAGCGGGCGCUUGAGCAGAUCGACGAGGCGCUGCUCUACUGGCCUCGCUUCCUGAGGCACAAGUGCAAACAGCGCCUCACCAAGAUCACGCAGUACCUCAUCCGCAUCCGCAAGCUCACGCUCAAGCGCACGAGGAAACUAGUCCCCUUGAGUCAGAAGGUGGAACGCAGGGAGAAAAGGAGAGAGGAAAAGGCCCUGGUCGCCGCUCAGCUGGAGAAUGCCAUCGAGAAGGAGCUGCUGGAGAGGUUGAAGCAAGGAACGUAUGGGGACAUCUACAACUUCCCCGCGCACGCGUUUGACAAGGCGAUGGAGCAGCAGGAUGCCGACAGCGCCGAGGAGAGCGAGGAGGAGGAAAACGAAGAGGAAGGCGAAAGGGAAGUGGAAUACGUUGUUGGGGAAAACUUUGAGGAGAGCGACUUGAGUGACUUUGAGGAGAUGGAUCGACUGGAUGAGGUGGAAAAGGAGGGUGAGGAGGUGGCGACAACGUCUCGAGGAAAGAGCGAGGGGAUGAUGCGUCUCAAGCGACCGCACGUUGACAUCGAGUACGAGAUGGAAAUGGAGACGCAGGGCCCUCGACAAGCGUCCUCGUCGCGCUGAGAUUUGUCCUGACGCAUAUCGAUACGGUGGUGGGGGGGGGGGGGUGGCAGAGAUAUAUAGAGACAUGGGGGGGGGGGGGCACAAAGAGACACGGAAACACAGGGAGAACUCAGAGACAUGUUGACAAGGGCAGGACCGAGAAACACAGUUGGUUAUGUACGGUGCGAAAGAAGUUCAAUAUACAUACAUGGAGACACGAGGAGGACAGACACGGUUACACGGCGGGUGGGGGGGGGGUAGGCAGACGGGGACACAAAGGGGGAACACGGAGCAAUGUUUAAAGACAGGACCGUAGGAUCACAAAGACACCGAGAGAAAGGUGGACAGACCCUUGGACACAUUUUUUGUAUUGUAACUUUCUGACCUGCCCCUACUGGACAUAUUUAAAAAGAGCUUCAUGACUCAUCGGAUUCCUCCAGGAAAAAAUCAAGUUUCUGAUUGUGAGUCCGGAGACAUGGGGCAGACUGACACAGGGAGCUGGAGUAAAGUAGAGACACAGGGACAGAUAUGCCUGUUCACUUAUCCCCUUAGACCCCAAGACCGAGGGGUGUACACAGAUGCUAUUAUCUCUGGGUCAUUUCAAUAUCACCAGAAGUCAAACCCCAUUCAUCUUAGAUAUGGCCUUUCAAGUUUACCUAACUUCUCAAGAUGCAAAUUGGAGACUGAUGUGCAUUGCAUGUAUUGGUCGAUUUUGGUAAACCUUGGAAAGCUGUGAGCGCAAUGAAUGGUGUUUGACGAUCCUUGCUGUCAAGUCUGGAUUGUGGUGUUUCAGAACAUUUUUGGAACACUCGCUCCUAAUAAAAAAUGUAUCUCGUG